GUACUAUGUGCACUCUGGGCGCAACCGACAGGACCAGGGCCGGGCACGAGUGAAAUCAUACUGCAAGACUACUUGGCUUCUUCUUGUUGUGUUUCCAGGCUGAACGCUCACUCAAUUAUGACCAGACUCCUCUCGACUAGAAUCUCACCUCUUUCACGGACUUUCUCUGUGCCCCGUAUGGCGCUCAGGUAUAAGAGCAACCCGUUUGCCGAACACAUUCCUUCGCCCCCCAGACUUCCCAGGGAACAACAGGAGGAAUUCGAGGCUCUACAAAAACUUGCCAACUCGCAGGCGGCUAUUGACGAGUACAAUAGACAAAUUCUGGAGGAUGGAGUCGCUUCCAGUGAGAUCUCAACAUCCUCUUCUAGCACCGAUGUAGGCGUCACUACGCAGUAUUUUAAGACCAUUCCGGAGUUUGAGGGCGACAGAAACCCAGUUACUGGGGAGACAGGUGGACCCAAGCAGGAUCCAUUGAGACACAACGACUGGUCUUAUAACGGUAGAGUCACUGAUUUCUGAAGAGUCUUGUAGGAGAGGUUGCUCUUUGUUCUCGCGUAUCCAAUGGUCUCUGAAGCACGAUGUGAUCGUUCUAAAUUUUGACCCCGGGAACUAUCGAGCUUGGGGCUGGUCUCGACCUCUUGAGAUUUUAAAGUGAUUAUGAGAAAGCCUGAUUUUAUAUAUGUAGGAUGUCAUGUGUGCUAUUAUAAUAAAGAAGCGAGAUUGAAAGGAUCCCGUAGGCGUACCUGUCUCCGUUCG